AUGACCAAGGAGGAAAUUAACGGGGUGCCGGUGGCUCAGGCCAAGGAGAUUAAGACCAAGUUGGGAAUUCUCCUCCAGAAGCCAGACUCAGCGGUUGACCUUGUCAUCCCAUACAGCGAAAAGCCGGAGAAACCAGCCAAGACCCAGAAACCCCCGCUGGAUGAGGCUCUGCAAUGGCGUGACUCCCUGGACAAGAUCCUGCAGAACAACUAUGGGCUUGCCAGCUUCAAAAGUUUCCUGAAGUCUGAAUUCAGUGAGGAAAACCUCGAGUUCUGGCUGGCCUGUGAGGACUACAAGAAGAUCAAGUCCCCUGCCAAGAUGGCUGAGAAGGCGAAGAAAAUUUAUGAAGAAUUCAUCCAAACGGAGGCUCCUAAAGAGGUGAAUAUCGAUCACUUCACGAAGGACAUCACAACGAAGAACCUGGUGGAACCGUCCCCGAGCAGCUUCGAUGUGGCCCAGAAAAGAAUCUAUGCCCUGAUGGAAAAGGAUUCACUGCCUCGCUUUGUGCGCUCGGAGUUUUAUCAGGAAUUAAUCAAGUAG